AUCCCGCCCUACAACGCGCAGCAGGACUGCCACGCCCGCGGCUACUUCCGCAGCCCCGUGGUCCCGCCCGUCUUGCGGAGAACGGAUCAGGAUCACGGCGGCACAGGAAGGGAUGGCUGGAUAGUAGAUUAUAUCCACAUCUUCGGGCAAGGACAGAGAUACCUCAACAGGAGAAACUGGGCAGGGGCAGGGCAUUCUCUCCAGCAGGUGACCGGGCACAGCCACUACAACACUGACCUGAAACCGGCCAGUGGGUUCAACGGUCGGUUCGGGUACCGCCGGAACACCCCGGCCCUGCGCCAGCACCCAUCCGUCUUUGGAGAGGUCACUCACUUCCCUCUCUUCUGACAGCAUGUCUUCCCUCGCAGCCCUCGACCUGAAUUUCUAAGACAGAUGUUUAGAUGAACUCUCGAUGUUAUUUUACAUACAAAAAAAGUUGUGUC